AUGGCCUGCUCCGCUUCCAACGUGCAAGGGCGCAUAGUCUGGGAGCCUGAGCGUGUCGAAGCGACGCGCAUGGACGGAUUUCGUCGACACGUUGCCCAAAAGCGCAACUUGCGGCUGGACGACUACGACGCCUUGUGGCACUGGAGCGUCACGCAUCCUUGCGAGUUCUGGGCAGACGUGUGGGAUGAGGUGGACAUCAUAUCGAGCGGGCACGAUGAUGGGAAAGGAGCCAGGUGGGAGAGCGUACUUAGAGAUGCCAAGGCGCCCAUCUACCCUCCUCCCAGAUGGUUCGAAGGCGCUCGCCUAAACUUUGCAGAGAAUCUCCUGCGUCAUCGAGGAGACUCCAUAGCGCUUAUUGAAGUGUGCGAGCCGAGCGCUGGCGGAGAAGGAUCGAGAAAGGACGUCUUGUUGACGCACGACCAAGUGUUUCAGCAAGUGGCGGAUUGCGCGCGGUCUUUGCGCAAAUCGGGAGUGCAAAAGGGAGAUUUCGUUGCUGCUUAUGCGCCAAACUGCAUCGCUACCAUUGUGGCCUUCUUGGCUUGCAGUAGCAUCGGAGCGGUUUGGAUUUCUUGCGCUGCGGAUUUUGGACCGGAAGGUGUGCUGGAGAGGCUGAAUGCCGUGAGGCCCAAAGUGCUGUUCACGUGCGAUGGGGUCAGGUACAACGGAAGGAUACAUGCGCACGCAGAAAAGGUCAAGCAGGUCCUCACGGGAUUGCAGCAGAGCGGCUUAAAAUUGGAUCUGCUUGUGGAGGUGGACUAUGUCGGAGGAUUGCAGCCGCUUCCAGAUGCGACGCAGUGGAAGGAAUUCUUGAGGAAUGGCGUGGGAGGAGCGCAUAUCGCUUUCGAGCAGCAGGACUUCAAUGAUCCCUGCUGGGUGCUCUUCUCUAGCGGUACAACAGGUCAGCAUACACGCUGCUAUCACGAUACGUUCUGA